GCGGCUGUGCUCGGGAGCCCUGGUGCGGCUGCAGACAACGCCUCUGCAGGCUUGCUCGCGGCUCUGGGCAGGCCUGGCUGGAGGUUAAGCUCUUCCCCGGCAGCGUCUGCACAGGGCUGCGCGUGACAUGACAGAGACGUGAUGACCGUACCUUGGAAGUGAUCUGUCCCACACCUGGCAAGAAACAGGUGUGAUGUACUGUGCAGUAAAUGCUGUUGGAAGGUUGAGAACCAUCUGGGGAGAUGCAGACACACCGGUUCUAGACUUCAUGUCACACACCAGGAAAAGUUCCAGAUGGAUUGAAGACGUCAAUAGAAAGGUCACUAAGUCCGGGACCAGGAUUGAUAUCUGCGGAAGACCUACCACCAUGAUCCUGGGGGUGACCUCUUCAGUGCCCUCCUUGCCACUCCCUAACGUCCUCCUGAUGGCCAAUGUCACCUGGCCGCACGGUCACUGUUCCACCUGUAACAAGCCUGGAGUUGUCCCAGUCAUCACCCUCAACAGGAUCCUCCCCCUGAAGUACGUGGAGCUGCGGAUCUGCGACCGGCUCCAGCGCAUCCUGAGGGUCAGGACAGUCACCGAGAAGAUCUACUACCUGAGGCUCCACGAAAAGCACCCAGAGGCCGUGUUCCAGUUCUGGAUCCGCCUGGUGAAAAUCCUGCAGAACGGGCUGUCCAUCACCACCAAAGACCCAAGAAUCCAGUUCACCCACUGCCUAGUGCCCAAGAGGCCCAGCAGCUCCCCGGAAGCAACACCCGAGAGCAGCUCCCCGUCAUCCUCCCAGCCCAGCGAGACCCUCAUGCUGCUGGCGGCCGAGCAGACCAGCGGCAGCUUCUCAGAACUCUCAGGGAGGGCCCAGUUCACAGCCGACAGGAGCAUCGCCCCCGCCAUCGACAUAGCCGAUUCCAACAGCUGCGACUCCGUGCCCUCGCUGGUGGCAUCGCAGGUCCAUCUGAACAUCCCCAUGAGGGCCGCCCUGAGCCACAGCCUCUGGGAACAAGAGGACCCGGAUGAGCACCGCAUGCAGGCUCCAGUAGCCAGUUCCCUAGGACAGAACUUUCUGGGACCCUGACACUUUGCCCCCAUGGGGCGGCGGUCUUCCCUGGCUCUUGA